GAUGUUUUAAGUUUCCACUUGAGCUUUGAAUAAAACUUGCAGCACCAAUGGCUGACUUUCUUUUUGGUUUACACCAUUUGUUUCAUGUCUAAGGUUUAUGGCUAUUUGAUCCUCAAGAACCGAGUCAGAUCAGACCCUGUACGGGUUUUAGUGGACCGAAGGCCAGAAUUUGGCGUAAUCAUCAUUCAGCCCCAGUGUGAACAGAAGGGUGACCUCUUCAAAGGCAUUGCAGUUUUUGCAGUUGAUGAAGCUCAUCUGAAGGAAAUCAUACGUACUUUGUUUGUUGACUGGAUGGCAUAUAACUGUCUUGCAAUCAGCCUCCAGUAUAUGAAGUUACUCAAGGAUGCAGCUUCAGAAAGACAGGUACACUGCCACAAACGGGCAGUGUGCCACAUAAUGAUCCUGGAGGAUGUAUCCCACCUCGCCUCUGUAGACAGUGCAAGUCUGUCACUGGGCUCUCUGGAUGAAUCCCAUGGCUUGGUGAGUCAGGCAUGGAAAUAUGGAGAGGACAAUGCUGCCAGGAUGAUCCGGAACAUGGUCGCAAACUUCCCCUCCCUGUGUGUGUUGAAUGCAGAAAGACAGCCUGUGGCCUGGAUUGUGACCUAUCCCUCAUGUGCUAUGGGGAUGUUGUACACUAAACCAGAGUAUAGACGGAGAAGCUAUGCCAAAGUCCUGGCCACUACACUGGCAAAGAGACUGCAUGGUGAGGAGCCUGCGGUGUACUGCUUCAUAGAAGAGGAAAAUCUGACGUCCUAUAGGCUCUUCAAAACGGGCUUUACUCAAGAUCCUUCACACAGGGAAGCCUGGUUUCACAUUGGUCAGUCUUAGUAUAUCAGUCAAGUGUGUUGUUGCACAUUUAAAAUUAAGUGAACUUCUGAUUACUGAGUGUGCUAUGAUCAGUUUCUACUGGAGUGCAAAAUGGGGCAAUGCUCACUAAAAGUAUUAGUAAGAACCCA